GUGAACGUACAAUUUUUUAAGUUCGACAUUUUUUUUCUGUGUCAUAUUUUGUUUCAAGAAAUCAUUAUCAUCAUUGUUUCUAUUUAAUCGUGAAAAAAUGUUGAUGAAACUUUUGAUAAUAUUUUCAGCCAUAUCAAUGAUCUGUUCUACGGAUCCAAAUGAAUUGAUGUCGGCAAAGAAAAUAAAAAUAAACAUUCCAAAUGAUGAUAAUGUAUUGACUGAAAAUAUUAUUCGUUCACCGAUCAUCAUCGAUGAUUGGUAUACAGCAUCAUCCGCGAACAAAGACCCCGAAUAUCAUGAUAAACUUAAUAGAAAACUAUUGUUGCGAAGAAUGCUAGCACAAUUAAAUUCCAAUGCCGAAACUUUGAUCGACAAAGAGAAAAGAGAAGAUGAUAUACCACCCGGUUUCAUUGGUGUUCGAGGUCGUCGAUUUCCAAUGUAUCUUCAGGAUCUUCGUUCCGUAUUUCCAUUGGGAUCAAACCAAAAAAAAGAUGCACCAAACAUUUAUCGAGAUGGGUUUCUUGGUGUUCGUGGAUGAACAAUGAAUCACAAUAAUAAUCAAUCAAUCAUGAUGGUAAUCAUCAUCAUCAUCUUCUUCAUCAU